AUGGUCGCAAGAUACUCGAACAAGCGGGCGAAGUACACAUACGCAGAGCGCGUGCUCGGGGCGCUCUCCGAGAUUCAGAAGGACCACCGCAAGCAUGCGGUCCAUAUGGCAACGCUUAGGGCACACGUGCGCAAGACGGCGGACGCGCGUAAGGAUAAGAUGGGCCCCCAGUGGGCGCAGUGGGUAUCUCGGACUGUCAACAGGCUGGUCGACGACGGUAUCUUAGACACGGCGGACGCUCAUGGCAACAUCACCUUUACCCCGAACGCCAAGAAGACAAUCACCAAGGUCCGUCGUGAGUCGAUGGGGCCCGGCGUUGUCUGUUCGCCGGGGCUCGAGCACAAGAUCUGGAAGGACGUUACCAGGCGAUUCUCUGGAGCUGGUGUAAAACGCGCUAGGCGAAGGUCUUCGGCCGUGCCCGAGCACGCGUUUGAGGACAGUAGUUGGGACGAUGAGGACGUCCGGCCCAGGAAGAGACAGGCUCGCAAGUCAAUGACGCGUAAAACCAAAGCUGAGCUCGAGAGCGAGCUCCAGGAUGCUUUGGAGAGGCUUCACGACGCGCAGGAGCUCGAACCGAUCAACCCAGAAGAACUCUCGGUGCUGCAAGAGGAACUGUCCAAUCGCGAGAAGGAAGUUGCCGUGCUGCGCGAGGAACUUGCACGCCUUAAAGACCAGCCCUCGACAGACGAUCGCCGCGUUACCGUCGGCACACCGACCGGCAUGGUCACCCCGCCCCCAACCAACCCGUCGCUACUCUCCUCUUCUGGGCGUACGGCGACCGGCACACGUUCUCGCCUUGCCAUGCCCGGCGUCACCCGCACCCUAUCCGGUUCGCUCAUCUCUCACCUAUCGAAGCAACCCACCCCGGAGCCGAGCGAGGGCGGUUCUCAGAGAAGCGAAGAUGACAUCGAUGAGCUCGUCUUCGACGAUAGCAUGGAGGACGCGUCCAUGUCGGCGUUCCCGGAGUUCGAGCGCUUUCCUGAGCCCCAGCAGGCCCUCGGCCUGGCAACACCCCAGUCAUCGCCGUUGCUGGCUGAUCAGGAGGAAUUUGCGCCUGAAGAGGCGAUUGACGGAUACGAGGAGGGCGGGGAUGAGCCCACGGAAGAGGUGAACUUCCUGAAGGGCGAGCUCGAGUCUCAGUCUGCCGCGUUGGACGCCCUUCGAGACGAGCACAAACGUGUCUUGUCGGAACGCGACGAGCUGCGCGCGUCCGUUGCCUCUCGAGACGAUCGGAUACAGGCUUUGCAGGUCGACGUUCGCACGCGAGAUGAAGCUCUCGCUUCCGAGGAGUCGCAACGAGCGGGUCUCGAGAAGACCUUGGCGGGGGAACGCACGCGACGUAAGGAGUUGGAGUCAGCAGCCAAGGCCUCCGAAGCUGCCUUGUCUGUUGAGCGGGAGCGAAACACCACUCUGCAGGCCAACGCGUCAGGUCUUCAGACGAAAUGCGAUAAUCUUCAAGGCGAAGUCCAUCAUCUGGGUGUCCACUCGGGGGCCAUCGCUGAAGAGCUUAACACUGCUCGUAUCGACACAUCCAAAUGGCGCACAGUUUAUCACGAGAGCGAUGCAAAGCUGAGGAAAGCCACCAACGAGCUCUCAAGCGUCCACGAUCGUCUCGGUUCCGCACAAGCCGAGUCCCACUCUCUCACAAAGGCUUUGGAGGCCUCUACCACAUUGCUCGAAGAACGCACUGCGGAGCUCCAGCGAACGCAGGUGGCCCUUUCCUCAACCCAGAGCGAGCUCGCCAAGGCACACGUCGCACUGGACGUCGCUGGUGCUUCCCAUGCGACCCUUUCUUCACGAAUCGCGGAGUUGGAACGUAGCCUCGAGGACGCACGAGCCCAAGCGCGUGCUCUUCAUAUUGCGAACACUGCCCUCGAGCAUACCUCCGGCAACUUGCAGGAUACCGUCGCGCAGCUUCGCGGCGAGCUCUCCCACGCCAAGUCGCAGCUCGAUAGCACGCGCACAGAGGUGCAGCAGGCCCAAGACGUAAUCGACGAAUUGCGGGUCUCACAUGCUGCGGCUCAGGUGGACGCGGCUGACGCCCUGGCCGCCUCGAAGGCAUCCGUAUCUGGGCUCGAGAUAACCGUGGACACGCUACGCUCGCAACUCCAGGAGGCGGCGGCCGCGGCUGCGGAGCUGCACCAAAGCCUGGAGACGGAGCAGGCAGCGCGUCGUGCCGCGGAGUCGAAUGCAGUCUCCACCGAGGCGCGCUGCAACAAGCUGCUGUCCGACCUCGCCGACAAGACCGCACGGCUGUCGUCUGCGACGAAGACAUUGGCAGAGGUCAGGUGUGCAGAGAACGAGGCGCGUCGUCAGCUCAGUGCGUUGGAGGAAGAGCACACUUCCGAGCUUGUCGCCCGUGCUGCGGAGAGAUCGGGCUUCGAAGAGGCCUUGGAGAUCGCGCACACGAAGGGGGCCGAUCUUGAGGCCCAAGCCGAUCGUCUGAAUGGACGCCUUUCUGCUGUCUCAGAGGAGCUGACGUCGGCCUUGACGGAGAAGGAUGAGCUCACUAGGGAGCUCCAGGAAGCGAAGGAACACGCCGCCGAGUUGCAGGAGGACCUUGAGCUUGCGCGGGACGAUAACCGGGAUGCGGAGCAGGAGAUAGAGGAGUUACGUACAGCGAAGGCCGAGGACGAGACAAGCAUUCAGAGCCUCAAGGCGGGCCUGGCGAAGCUGCGCCAGUUGCAGAUGGACGCAUUGAAUGAGGUUGACAGCAAGCACCUACGCCCGGAAGCCGUCGACGAAGCAGCAUGGCGCCCCGUCUACGGGCAGGUACUCAGGUGUGACUCGCUUGACAACACCACUGGGAACGGACACUCGAGUCCUGGUCCCAUAUGCUAUCGGACUAUUGUUUUAUCGCUCUUCUAA